AUGCGAGCGGCGCUGCUGUCCGCCUCAGGGGCGGAGGAGCAGGAGGAGCCUGUGAAGGAGGUGGCGGAGGUGGAGCACGGCCUCCUCACACCGAUUCAGACAGAACCGCAUCCACCGCGCCUGCCUCCGCCGCGCCUCCACCGCGCCUCCAUCCGCCGCGCCUCCACCGCGCCUCCCUCCGCCGCGCCUCCACCGCGGCUGCCUCCGCCGCCUCCCGUCUCCAGCGCGUCGCCGGCCGUGGGCGCGCGGCUGGCCUUUUGCGCGCGGCCAGCUUCCAUCUCGGCGCGACCACGCCGCGCAGCGCCUCCACCGCGCCAUCCGCCCACCGUGCCGAUCUACACUGCGACGCUCUUCUCCACUGCGCCGGCCGUGUUCACCGCGGCGCUCGUCUCCACCGCGCCUCCAACCUUCCAGCCUGCCGCCCCGUACGCCCCCACCGUGUCUGCGUGCUGCCCUUUGUCACCGGAACCCUAG